CUCUCUCUUUUCCUUCUCCCUAUUGUAGGAGAACAGACUUAACCUGAAGCACAUCACUAAUUUGGAAAUGAUCUAUCAUAUAGAAAACCCUGAUCAAGGCACCUGGCAUGCAUGCCAGCUUGCUGAGGCACAGGAUGAUGCAGUUUGUGUAGAGUUGACACAGUUUAAAGAGCAGUUUAAGGCACACUUGCAUGGGGUCAUUCGGCAUAUUUCCAUUAAGAUGAAGAAACAUGAGGAUGAGGCUAUAUGGAUUCGGAUUGCAUGGGGAGACAACUUCAGCAAACCCAACCACCUUAAGCCAACUUAUGUUGUGCACCACCUGCACACUUCCUAUGUGUUUAUAUCCAACCUCAUGGCCAAACACAAGAUAUUUCUUUGUCAGGCAUUAGUAAUAGCCACUAAACAUGGCUCUAUAAAGGACGGCCACCUGAGCACCAGGAGUCUCACUGCAAUGAGGGACUUACUUCUGAGACGUUAUCAGCAGGUUUUCCCAAAUGCACACUCAAGGAUCCCACAGGAAAGAAACACCCUUUCAUCCCAUCCCUGUAUUGGAAAGGAACACAGUGACCAUGAAGAGAUGAGACAUCAGAUGUCCUGUGAGGCAUUUGGACAGAGCCCUUCACCAAAGCUAGAAACAGCAGUGUAUAGACUUGAGACAAGGUACAGGGGAAAUGGCAACCACACCCUCAGUGACAGAGAGGAGUUCUUCAGAGGGGUGGUCAGAUUCUCAAGCAGCAGUCUGCUAGAUUCCUUGCGCCACUGUGUUGCUUCAGGCAUGGCUGAAGGUCCAGUUACUCCGCUAUUGUCAGCCAUCACUCAGAGAGGAAGGAAUUAUUUUGUGAUCACAGACAAAGGCCCUGGUGUUUCCAGCCAAGCAUCAGCACAGAGACCCUGAUCACAACAGACAUUGUAGAGAACGAUCAAUUCAACCGGGAUGUGCAUACAUGAGAAUAUAUAUUUUGCAUCCUGCAAACCAAAAAAACAUUAGAGUAGUCAUGUGUAUAGUCUAUCAGUGUCAUAAGAGGACACGUCUGAGACAGCUGUAAUGAUCACUGAUCCAGCAAGGAGAGACAAAAUGUUUUUACAGUUAACCUUGGUAAUACAGCAUGUAUUAUUUUUAGCAUCAUUUGA